UUUAAAACUCCCACAUAUCAUAUAACCAUGGAUCCCUCAAAAUGGAUUGAUGUCAAUAUUGACAAGAAUCAUUAUUCUCUUGAUCAUUUUGUUAUUCCUAAACACUACGAACAAGACCUUUCUAGUAUUUUGAUUCCUCAUGGUGUUAUCAUGGACCGUGUUCAAAAAUUGGCGCGUCUUAUUGUAGAUGAAAACGAUGGACCUUUAGUUGUAUGCUGUAUUUUGAAGGGUGGACAUCAAUAUUUUGCUGAUUUGGUCAAUUGUAUCAAGAAACUUACAACUACCGAUGGUCAAACUGUACCUUUAAGUUUGGAAUUUAUUCGUGUCAAGUCUUAUGAAAAUGACAAAUCUGUUGGUGUAAACAUCUCUUUAACUGAAAAUGAACUCAAAGACUUUGAAGGAAAGAAUAUUCUUAUUGUUGAAGAUAUUAUCGAUACUGGCAAAACAAUGGUUGCCUUAUUAGAACGUCUUCAAACUUACAAACCCAAGACUGUUAAGGUUACUAGCUUGUUGAUCAAAAAGACAGAACGAAGUAAUGGUUAUAUUCCUCACUAUGUUGGCUUUGCUAUCCCUGAUGCCUUUGUGGUUGGUUAUGCUUUGGAUUACAAUGAAUACUUCCGUGAUUUGGAUCAUAUCUGUGUCAUUAGCGAACAUGGCAAGAAGGCAUAUGCUGUAUGAUAGUUUAGUUGAAAUUCAGUUUAUAGCUGGAAUGAUGGUAGAUUGGAAUAAUAAUAAAAAGAAAUAUUUAUAGUCAAUGAUUAUUUGUAUAAAUCAA